AAUUUUUCAAUCAUUAUUGAGGCUCAAAUGGUGGAUCAUGGCCGUUCCAUGCGCUGGCAUAGGCAAAUUGCUGAAGGAAUGUCAGGCGGGCUGCUAUGUCCACUAUGCAGUCAACCACCAACACAGACAGGAAAAUGUUUUGGUGUUCAGAUCUAUCUUAAUUCCAUGUAAAUGCAAUUAUGCGUUCAAAAAAAUGGGCUACGCUGUUUGCGACAGUUUGGGGAAAGAUAGACUAUUGCAAGUCGUCUCUCGCCACCCUUCACGAUGUUGACUUCAAUUUAAGCGAUGAACUUGGCUGACACAACUCUUCAACUUGAUUUUAUUAAUCUUGUUUUUUAUGAUUGAUGAGUGGAAUGAUACGGAUGGUGGGAGACUUUGACAUUGUAAAACUCCUUAAAAGACCAACCUCCAAGCAAGCAAGGUACAAAAACAUAUUGCAUAUUCAUCUUCGAGUAGAGAAACUUCUCCUACAGAUCAGAUGGAUAGAAGCCCAGCUACUGGUUAUGGUGGGAAUACUUAUUCUGCUCAACCUGGAUUCUCAGGUCCAACCAUGUAUCAAGCAAAUACAGCAAGCCCAGCCCCUGGUUAUGGUGGAAAUACAUAUUCUGCUCAACCUGGAUUCUCAGGUCCAACCAUGUAUCAAGCAAAUAUAGCGAGCCCAGCCCCUGAUUAUGCUGGAAAUACACAAUCUGCCGAACCCGAAUUCUCAGGUCCAACCAUGUAUCAAGCAAAUACAGUUCGGGGGACUGUUUGGAGCACUGGAUUAUUUGAUUGCCAUGAAGAUGAGACAAAUGCGGUCAUGACAGCAUUCCUACCUUGUGUGACAUUUGGACAGAUUGCAGAAGUAAUGGAUCAAGGAGAAUUGACCUGUCCUCUGGGUAGUCUUAUAUACGCUCUGAUGAUGCCUGCCUUGUGCUCUCAAUGGCUCAUGGGCUCAAAAUAUCGAACGAGACUGCGGAAUAGAUACAAUUUGGUAGAAGCUCCAUAUACUGAUAUAAUCUCUCAUGUGUUCUGCCCAUGCUGUUCACUAUGCCAAGAGUUCAGAGAACUCCGAAAGAGAGGACUCGACCCAGCUCUAGGAUGGAAUGGAAUUUUGGCUCAAAGACAGGCAGGAGUAGGACAGCCUGAAACAGUGGAAGUUCCUCCUCCAAGACAAAACAUGUCAUUCUAAACACCUGAAAAACAUGUCAAAUCAUUCUCAAUAUCAAUUGUAUGUGUUUGUGUGUUGUCUCUUUUUUUCCUCACUAGACUUUUAAUUUGUUAAAUUUGUGAUUUGUUUUUUUACCCCUCAAAUCAUGUGAGAGAAUUGGCCCACUGAUUUGUACGUUUGUUCAAUGUUGUACCUUGUCUGACAAAUCCUUGUGGCCUAGAAAGCAACAAUUAAUGAAAAAUACGUCCAAUAGUUUAGGCAUGUCUAGCUUACGAAAA